AUGAAAAAACGGAGCCGGCAAACCGAUGAAGAAGAACUCAGUGGUGAGCUUUUGACUUCUCAGGCACUCAUCAAACGAAUAGAAGCGGAAAAUUGGGUCGGAUCGGUAGAGGAAACUUCGGAAAUUCGGAAAAUAUUGGAAGAUAUGAGAGAUGAUGACUCCGCGAAGAACUCCGUUAAAAAUAUAAGCUUAUUGGCUUUGUCGAAUCUUCUGAUCAGCUAUCAUGCGACGUGUGCAGAAAUUGACAAAAAUAUUUUUGGCAUUUUGAUGUUCCUCGAAAAAUAUGGAACAGAUUUCAGUGUUUUACAACCAAUGGUUUUCGGAGAAGAAGCUCAACGGAAUUACUAUAAUUUGAGGAAAAUGGGUCAAAGUUUGCACGUGAAAAUUACGCCCGAUGACGCGAUCAAGACGUUUUUGAAUUCGGCGACAAUUUGGAAUACGAUGAAAUAUCACGUGAGAGAAGUUAGCGAGGAGAAUGCGGAGAAAAUCUACGAUGUCCGUUAUAUUCUGAGAUUCUUGUAUUCUCUUCUCUAUCCGGCAUCUCCGUUGUCAUGCCGCUUAUUUAUUGAGCGCAAUUGUCUCGCUUUGCUGUUUUCAUGCACAUCAUCAUCGGACCCAGACAUCAGGACCAUUGCUUACGCGUGUUUGCAGAGAUAUAUGAAUUUGUUGCAGGAGCUCAAGCUUGAAGUUUUUGCCGAGAAAAGUUUGGUUGUAUAUCUGAUUCGAAUGUUCAAGCAUAGUUCGGACAAGCCGAUUUCUCGCGUUUCAAGCAUCGUGUCACAUUUCUUCGCGAAAGUUUCAAAAUUGCUGCUGGAGCCGAACAAUGUUGUUUACCCGCAAAUAAUGGCGUUUUUAUGCAUGAAGCCCAUUUUCGAUACGGAAAAUGUUCCUGAAUUCCUUAAAUUGUUCUUCUCGAGUUCGCCUGAACAUCACAACGAAGAAAGAGAAUGGAUUUUGUCGCUGAUUGCCGAGGCGAUGUUGGAACCCAUUGAUUAUCAACUUCUACAGAAUAGAGCUGGAAUUAAAUUAUUACUUUCUGCAUUCAGUAGCUUAUGGAUUAAUAAGGAAUCGCGAGCACUGAUCCUAAGGAUUCUUCAGAAUUGUGUUCUCAUGCCUUCAGUGGCCCAUGACUUGUUCAAUCGUGAAGCUCUUCAUUCGUGGAUUGUUGCGAAUAUUGAGAGCAAGAGAUUCACCGACUGGGAACGCAACUAUCUCGCCCAGAUAUUCGCGAAUCUUGUCGAAAAUGAGCGAAAAUAUCAGAGGAGUCAGAAGGGCGGAAAAGUUGAGCUUUGCACGACAUCGGUGAUCACUUCGAAGAUUUGCAACAAAAAAAUAAGUCAAGUGCUUACACGAAUCAUAACGCAUAAUAAAAACGGUCGGGAAGCUGAAAAAGCUCAGGAGUCUCUUUCGAAAAUUGAAGAAGUGAUAAACCGUAAAUGGAAGAUUAAACAAAAAAAACCCGAGUUGUGCAAACACGAAAUUGCGAUAAUCGGUUUUUGCGGCGACGCCUUUGGUGGCGAGCCGAACCGAGCCGAGCCGGUCCGGUUGGACGGCGUGCUUCGCGCCAGCGCCGACCGGACGCAUUUCGGCCAAAUGUUCGCGUUGUUCUUGCUCGUUAUCUCGCCCGCCAGCAUCGAUUCCGCAUCGAUACCGGAGUUUUGUCCGCAAUUUGCCGUUUACGGAAAGUUGCCCGACGAGGGAUGCGAACAGCCGUCGGAUCCUAAUGAUCUGCCCGAAUCGGAUAUUGAGAAAUGGUUCACGAGGGAGAUGUUUGAUGAUUUGUUCCCGAAAUCCAACAUUGGUCUCGGUCCGAACUCGUGCCUACCGUACUCUUACGACGCCUUCAUUAUCGCGGCGCGAUAUUUCCCCGAAUUUGGCGCCUCGCAUCCAAAUAGGCAUUUCAAACCGCACGAGCAUCAUAAACGCGACGUCGCCGCAUUCUUCGCCCACGCUCUUCAGGAGACCGGCGAGAACGACGUCGGCCUCUACAACAAUACGGAUUUGACUGUCGAGCAAGCGCAUGAAUGCUUCUAUCGUGGCGGUUUCUAUAAUUGGUUCGAGAGGGGCCCAACGUCCAAUUUUCUGCCACCGGAUAGUCCAGGACAUCAUCCUGAAGAUGGCAAACGUUGCGUUCUCGAUGGCCGCUAUUGCAAAAGCGAAUCAGUUCUCGAUUUUUGGUAUCCAUGCAAUCCCGAAACGGAAGAGCUCGGCAACACGACCUACUAUCAAGGAUGCUAUUUCGGACGUGGAGCACUUCAGCUCUCAUGGAACUACAAUUACGGGCUCUUUCAGCAAUUCCUUCUAACGAAAAAUAUCAAAGUCGAUUUGAUCGAGAAUCCGAAUUUGGUUCUGACGAAAAUGGAUCCCCCACUCGCGAUGAUGGCUUCUCUUUGGUUUUACAUGACACCGCAGCCGCCGAAGCCGUCAAUGCACCAAAUUGUCGUCGGUGAUUGGCGGCCUUCAUCGAAGAAUCGAAGAGCCGGCUACCACGGUCCAAUUUUCGGACCAACAAGCUUAAUUAUUAAUAAUGAGUGUGGUGGCGAGGAUCGAGAAGAACCAGGUGGUCCCGGAGAAUCGCGACGAAUCAAGGCGUUCAAAUGGUUUUGCAAAUAUUUCAAAGUUCCCGUCGGCACGGAAAGAACUCUCAGCUGCAAAGGAAUGCUUGACAACUUCGACGCCGUUCAGCACAUGUAUUCAUGGCAUCCGGAUUGGGGCAACAUGUGGAAGUCGCAGGCAUGCGAUUGUGCUCCAGCUCCCUACGGAGGCCCACUACCAUAUUACGAUCCGAAAUUUUAUCCGCACGAGUUCACAAAGCAAAACGACAGAAAUCGUCUGAGAUGCGUCUACAGCAUCUACGAGAAUCCGCACCUAUUCCGUCUCGACGAAGGCAAUUCGCCGUGUCUGAAACACAAGCCGAAAAUCAAACUAACGCGUACUGGUUUGAGGAAUUAG